UGUUCUCUGUUCCACAGGUGACUUUUCUAGGUGGACGAUACCAACUGACCAGCCAUGGCGUUUGUUCCAGCUCAGGGAUACUAUCCUUUGUACAACCCACCCAUCCCCUGCAGAAGUCCCAUCUAUGGCGGCCUACGCGCUGGGAUGGCUGUCUACAUUAAUGGCAUGAUUCCCCAUCACGCAAACACUUUUGCUGUCAAUUUUUCUUGCGGCCAGUAUGACGGCUCAGACAUCGCCUUACACUUUAAUCCCCGUUUCCAAGGGAAGGACAGUGUCGUCUUUAACAGCUUCCAGUCCGGUAACUGGGGUGGUGAGGAGAACAGGAAAGACGGCUUCGCUUUCCGCAAAGGGAGCCCUUUUGAGAUGGUCGUUUUGAUCAACCCUGGAGGUUUCCAGGUUAAUGUGAAUGGAGCUCCGUUCUAUGAGUUCCGCCACAGGAUGCCUAUGGAACGGGUGGAAUGUGUCCAUGUGACUGGAGAUGUCACUAUCCAGUCCAUCACCACCGUUGGAGGUGGGGCUCUGAUGGGUGGUGGUCCUUCUUACCAACCAGGAGGGGCGGUGACACUUCCAGCUUACCCAUCUAUGAGCCUACCUGUAAUGGGAGGACCCAUGUAUAACCCGCCAGUUCCUUAUCUUGGAAACAUACACGGAGGAGUGACACCCAAAAGGACCUUUGUGGUGAAAGGAUUUAUACCCCAGGGAGGGCAGAGUUUCCACAUUAACUUUAAGUCAACAGCCACUAAUGAGAUUGCUCUGCAUUUCAAUGUCCGCCUGAAUGAGGGUGCAGUGGUGAGAAACAGCUUCUUGAGGGGAAACUGGGGCAAUGAGGAACGAGUUGCCAAUUUCAAUCCCUUCAUUCCCGGCCAGUAUUUUGAUAUCUCCAUCCGUACGGGCAAUGGCCGUUACAAGGUAUUUGUGAACGGACAGCAGUUCUGCGAAUACAAACACCGCUUUGCUAACCUGCAGAUGAUCAACGCCCUGGAAAUUGGAGGAAAUAUCGUCUUGUCACUUGUACAGUUUUAA